CAGUGCAAUGCAGUGGUCCUGCAGCAGUGGAGACCAGUGUGUUCCAGACAUCUGGCGCUGUGAUGGGGAAAGAGACUGCAGAGAUGGCAGUGAUGAAACAGGAUGUGAGCCUAGGAAGUGCCAGAGCCAUGAAUUCCAGUGUGGGACUCAUGACUGUCUCAACUACACCCUGGUCUGUAAUGGCAAGAAGGACUGUACAGAUGGGUCGGAUGAAGGUGGAAAGUGUCUGUCUCCCUGUGGGAAGCCCUGUUCUCAGAUCUGCUACCAGUCACCUGAUGGACCUAGGUGUGCUUGCCAACGGGGAUUCAAACUGAGCAGCAACAGAGUCUCCUGCACAGACAUCAAUGAAUGCAAAGAGCAAGAGCCGUGCAGUCAGACCUGUGUCAAUACAAACGGCACCUACAGCUGUGCCUGUCACCCAGGCUACCUGCUGGAACCAGACGCCCACACAUGUAAAGUGACUGGGUCCGAGCCAACAUUGCUGGUAGCAAUCCAGUCUGAGCUAUUGCUCUACGGGCUGAGGAGUCUGAAAGAGGAUGUCCUGACGACAACUGACAAGAACCUGAUCAUCUUCUCUAUUGACUACGACUUGGUGGAGCAGAAGGUCUUUUGGAUGGAUCUCAAUGCAGAAAGUAUCAAGUGGAUAACCAUGAACACCAAGAAGAAAGGAACACUUGUGAAAGGCAUCAAGUCUGACUGCAUUGCAGUGGACUGGAUUGGGAGGAAUCUCUACUGGACAGAUGGGACCGCAGGAGAGCUGCUGGCCACUUGCCUGAAUGCCACUUGGAGAGGCAACCCAGAGUACACCGUGGUUCUGGAUGGAGACUUAGAUCAGCCUCGCUCACUGGCUCUGCAACCACUGCAAGGCUUAAUGUACUGGUCUGAAAUAGGGGACAAACCUCAAAUAGAGCAAGCUGGCAUGGAUGGGAGCAACAGGAAAGUCCUCAUUGACGAAGGGCUGGGCUGGCCGACUGGCAUAGCUCUUGACCUCCUGAGCUGGAAAAUCUUCUGGUCCGAUGAUAAGCUUCACUGCAUUGGCUCUGCCAACCUGGAUGGCACUGGCAUAAAGGUGUUCCAACUGAGCCAGAUCAAGAGCCCUUUCUCAGUAGCUGUGUUUGAGGAUGGUAUCUACUGGUCUGAGAUGAAAACCAGGACUGUGCAGAAAGUGGACAAAAAGACUGGCAAGAACCGGACUGUGCUAAUCAAGCGUCACGGGCAGCCCUAUGGCCUGAAGAUCAUGCAUGAAGUGCUACAACCAAUGGCCUCUAACCCUUGUCGGGAACUUGGCUGCUCCCACUUAUGUCUCCUGAACCCAAACCACAAAGGAAGCUGUCGCUGUCCAAUCGGAGAAGUGCUUGCUGAUGAGAAGAACUGCAUUCCUCUUAAGGAUUCAGCAUUCAUGUUCCUGGUUGCCCCAACAGUGAUUACUCAGGUAUAUCUGAAAAAGCUGUCCCCUGCAGCCAGGGGGGAAACGCUUCCUGAGCACAGAGUUUUCCCUCUUACCAAUGUGGAUUACUUGACAGCAAUAGACUAUUCAGUGCGGGAUAAGUCCCUCUACUUUGCUGAUCGGGAAGAUGGCUACAUCAGGCUGCUGAGAAUCAAGGAUUCUGGCAAGCUGUCCUGGAAGAGAGUGGUGCCAGUGGGGGGCACUGUGGUAUCUUUAGCUCUCGACUGGCUGAGUGGCAACAUCUACUGGAUUGACAGCCGGAACCCAGACAUUCGGGUUGCAACUUCAAACGGCCGCUAUGCUCUUGUGCUGAUCAGCGAGAAGCUCCAUCGCACGGUCUCUGUCGUGCUGCACCCACCUACUAGCAUGAUGUGCUUUGCUGACUUGGGUAUGGAGAACCAUAGUGCUGGCCCAAAGAUUGAGUGUGCUUCCAUGGAUGGAAGCAGAAGGAAGGUGCUCUGGAGGAAAUCCCAAAUGCCAGUUGGCCUAACUUUUGGAGAUUUUGGCACCCGGCUCUACUGGGCUGACCACAUGAAAGGUGUUGUCGAAAGCAUUCAGCUGGAUGGUUCCAGGUUCAGGCUAAUUCGGGGAGGGCUGCAUGGCCUCACGCUCUUUGCAGCUGGUGAAGGGAUGAUGGUCUGGACAACCCCGACCCACAAUGGCUCAACUAGAGUGUGGCAUAGCAAACUGGAACUUAUGGAAAACUGGUGGUUUCAAGUGGACCAGAAGAUUGUGGACUUAAAAAUCUACAGCAAGUUCACCCAACAAGGCGGUAACGGCUGUUCGGAGAACAACGGGGGGUGCAGCCAGCUCUGCUUGCCAAACCAUCAGGGAAGGGUCUGCAAAUGCACCAUCGGGUACCAUCUGGAGGAUGGUACUGAAUGUACUAGAGCUGUGACGUGCCCUGAACCACUUGAAGCCUGCAAAGAUCGUCUGAAAUGCUUUACCAGGGAGCAAGCUUGUGAUGGCCACAACGACUGCUUGGAUGGAUCUGAUGAGCUGGCCUGCAAUUACCUGGACAGAAAGAAAUCCAGGUCUACAACUGCCCCAACUCCAGCAAAGCCAGGCUUCAGAAAGGAAGAGGAAGUGGUAGCACCAACACGUGUCCAGACAACCACCAAAAGACCUAUCACUGGAACCCAAUACCCACAUCCAAAAGGGACCAAAUACCCCAGAAGAAAAACCCCAGCUAUACAGACCCCUCCCCCAUACAGAGAAAGCAGGACCACUUUAUCUAGUAUGUGGGAAUAUACAGAAGAACCUUCCCCGUCACCUGAGAGCGUUGAAAGUGGUCCAGAGCCCCAACCUUGCAGCAGUGAAACCUGUAACAUGAGAGGGGACUGCACCAUCGAAGAGGACAGAGUGAAGUGUAGCUGCAUGUUGGGGUACAGUGGUGAUUACUGUGAAAAGACAGAAGUCACGUCGACCACUGGUCCCAUUAUCUUAGGCAUAGCUGUAGUCUUGCUAGUAGUCAUGGCAAUGGUGGGAGCUUUUGUCUACAUGAGGCGGCAACACACUCGAAAGAGGACCUCCAGUACAGCAUCCUCUAGGACUCUGACCAGCUACCACAAGGACAGCGACCUCGGGGAAGAAGAGAACCUCACAAACAAUGAGACCUUCAUCAAUGAAGCCUAUGACAGAGAACAGGAGCUGGUAACUCCUAUGAAGACAUAACUUCAUGUUGGAAACUCAAAUUCUCUCAAUAAAGUAACAUUUGCAGAA